UGAUUGUCUAAACGCUGGUGGUACCCGCGAAGUCAGUCUUUGUGGUGCACUGGUACGCUGUCGGGCGCGCGUUGAGUCUCCGAUGUUCUCCACAGCCAACUUCGCUUCUCUAUGGUGUACGUGAAGUGAGUGAAACAGGGCUAGGCCCACUGUGAUAACAAUAACGCGAUGACCGUUACCUACGGGGCGCAGGUUCCCAACGGGAGCACCUUUGGAUGUUUCUGGAAGGUCCUAGGAAUAUGGCGGGGGAGUGUAUAUAAAUUAGUGUGGAGAGAACUUUUAGCAUAUUUAUUUAUAUAUUACACAGUUAAUUUAAUAUAUAGGUUCGCAUUAAACGAGACUCAAAAAAGGAUAUUUGAGACAUUGCGGUUGUACUUUAGUCAACAAAGUGAGACGAUACCUAUGUCCUUCGUCCUGGGAUUUUACGUAUCGUUAGUUGUAAAAAGGUGGUGGGAACAGUACAAAUUACUUCCUUGGCCUGACACUCUUGCCCUGUUCUUGAACGCGGGCAUACCAGGCUCGAAUGAAAGACAAAGACUGAUGAGACGAAACAUAGUUAGAUAUGCAGUAUUAGCUUAUGUAAUAACGCUCCAAAGGGUAUCUUUAAGAGUUAAGAAAAGGUUUCCUACGUGGCAACAUGUCGUCGACUCCGGUCUUAUGAUGGAGAGCGAACGAAAGAUAUUCGAACUGAUGGACCAAAAGACGCCCAUGUCCAAAUAUUGGAUGCCUCUGGUGUGGGCGACCAAUAUCAUCAACAGAGCCAGAAAAGAAUCGUUGAUUACCAGCGACCACAUCGUGCAGACUUUAUUGAUGGAAUUGUCUGAUAUAAGGAGAAGGCUGGGAGCACUUAUAGGAUACGACACAGUGAACGUACCUCUAGUCUAUACCCAGGUGGUGUCCUUGGCAUUAUACGUCUACUUCAUAGCUGCCUUAUUGGGAAGGCAGUUCAUACCUCACGCUACCAAUAAGCCCUUGCUCAACAAAUGGGAAGAGCCGGAUAUAUAUUUUCCGUUCUUCACGUCGCUACAGUUUUGUUUCUACAUCGGCUGGUUGAAAGUGGCCGAAGUCCUGAUCAACCCCUUCGGCGAGGAUGACGACGACAUUGAACUGAACUGGCUCAUUGACAGGCACAUCAAGGCCGGUUACAUGAUCGUCGACGAGAUGCACGAGGAACAUCCGGAACUGCUGAAGGACCAAUACUGGGACGACGUCGUCCCCAAGGAGCUGCCCUACACGGUGGCAUCUGAACAUUACCGCAGAGAGGAACCAAAGGGGUCCGCGGAAGGAUACAAAGUAAAAACGACGGACGCGAUGUACGCUAACCUGGUGACACCGAAGAAAUCCAUGCUGCACGACGACAUGUACGCCGAUUAUGAAAGUGUGGACACACCUAUUGUGGAGAGACGGAAGAGCUCCAAUUGGUUCAGCAGGCAGAUAUCCAGAACUGGAAUGGGUUCGAUCAGGUCCGCGUCUACUGCUUAUUCUUCUGGAGGACUUUUCACCAGACAUCGGGGCAAUUCGGUAUAUGCUAACCCGGAAAAUGGUCAGUUGCCCGGAAUGCCGACACAUCAGAAAAUGUCGAUCUAUGAUAGAUUGGUUGGCAGGAAGUCUGGAAGGAGCAGAAAUUUGAAGUCAAAUACGAAAUUCAGUGGCGCAGCUGCAAUGCAAGUGAAAAAUCGUCCAAGAAUACCAACACCUGACGUUACAAAAGAAGUCGUGGAUAGAGAAAACCGCCUAGCAGCCAGUGUAGCCAACGUACAAAACCAAAUGUCCACAGGGCUUACACUGAUGUCACAUCAGUUACCCGCUAACUACACCUCUUACCCUGCUUCAGAUGUCCCUGUAGUGCAGGUCGUCCUCUCACCGAUCCAAGAACUGGACGGUUCAGGUUCUGUGAACAACACCUUGCACGCCAACCAGCCGGGCACAGCAGCACUGGCACAGGCCGUCCUCUCACCAGGUCUCGGCCCGGUUCUAGCUACCCCCGUAAGCGUGCCGAUGACAGUCUCACAGCUUACCUCACUCGGUCUAUCAUCACACCACGGUAGUCCACUUCUAGCUAGAACUUUCGAGCAAUUGCCCGAUAGAAGUCCCGCGUUCAUCCAGGCCUUCGAACCAGAGAAGCCGAUAACCCCCAUCCAAACCCUCACGUUGACAGAGAUGCACGCAGAUGAGGAACCACCCCUAUCCAGCACCAGCAGCAACAACGGGUCAGCUGCUUCGGAAAUUUCCCACGCUUCUAAGGACUCCAUCGCAUCCAACGCGUCCAACACCACGGCUUCGGUAACGUCCAAGAGGUCCCUGGAAAUGCCCUUGGAUGCAAGCUCGGAUAUAAUAGAGCCCGUUACAUCGAUUACGCUAUUAUCAAAUGUAGUCGAAGAUGUACCGGCUCCGGUUAGUAUAGAAAUGCCGACACUGGAACGAAGUCCCAGCUUUAUAGCGAACGCGGAAGGGGUGUCGCUCACACCGACUGUCUCUGCGCCCAAUUCGCUAGUGUCUCUGGGCACCGCUGCCACUGAAGGGGCCAGGGCUAGGAAGGUAUCGGCGGUUUCGCAGAGUACUGGAAAUAAUUCUCCAAAGAGAGAGGUGUAUGUGUGAUGUAUAUUUUCCUCGAACUAGAAGUUGUAAUUAUAUUGUACAUACAUGACUGACCGUUUGGUAUAAGCGUCUUUCGGCAGAAGAUGACAUAAUAAAAAAUAAUAAAUUGGAAUUAUUGGACCCAUUCAAAUCUCCAGUAAUUCAACUGGUUUGUAGAUAGUAACAUUCAAUAAUCAAUCGAAGUGUCUAAGUUGUGAAUACUGUUGAAAUUUUUCAGCAGACAUAAAUUAAUACAAUUUUAAAUAAUCUGUCGACAAAACCUGAAACCCGGCUAUACUUUUCCGUACGUUUUUGAUGCGCUGAAUUCGAGUACGACCUCAGCAUUGCUCCACAACGUCAGAUUUUCAAAACAUCUGAAGAGGGCUCUAUAGCAGAUAGGCAACCAGCAAUACAUUUUUAGAGAUUUUAUUACACAGUCUGUCUAAAUAUGAA